GCUCAAAACCAGGAUGCGAAAAAAGUAUAUAUAUACAUGCAGGAGUAUGUAGGAAGUUCUCAGACGGUACAACAGCAUGGCUUCCAGAAGCAUCACCGUGGCAACUGCUCUCCUCUCCCUCAUGCUUGGCAUACUCAGUCCUGCGCCAGUGGACAGUUCUGAAGGCUGUUGUACAUCGUUCACCAGAAAACGGGUGCCCUUCCCACGUAUUAUGGGGUACAAGGAACAAACCACAAAUGAACACUGCAACUUGGACGCAAUCAUUUUCAUUACCAUCAACGACAACGAGGUCUGUGCGACGAAAGAGGACAAGUGGGUGAGGAUCACUCUGAAACUACUGAGUUCGAAACUGAUGAACAUGUCCGGCAGUGAAAGUGGAGCAGCAGUGAAGAAACCGAGCAGCACUGAACAUCAGAAAACCUUGGAAAGAGGCUCUUUCAUCAAUACCACACAGGCCUACCUGAACAACACUGAAAGUCUUACCUGAAAAAAAGAAGAAAAAACUAAACAAAAACAUGGUGAAAAUGAUGAGGACAUGUAUUAAAAAUGUCAUUAUCGUUGGUUUAUUAUCAAAACUGAAGGGCAGCCUAAACAAAUGCAUCUUUGUUGGAGAAAAUGUCCAUGAAUGUGUUUAAAUCCUUUUGUGUUUGGCAAUAUCAUUUCAGACAAUAAAUCUGUUGUUUGAUCAAGUUACAGUAAUAUCUUCCAAUGUACUAACCUGAAAUAGAAAAUAAAUAUGUUCACCCCA